UCCCGUCCGGCAGUCGACUCUGGCCACGAAGCGGCCGCCGUGCCCGUCCGUCCGUCCCCGCGACCCACCCCGCGCCUUGCUGCUGUUGGCAGAUAGCGCAACGCAAGGUAGGCGCCCAUGGCCGCCGUAGCAGGCCCCACCGUCCUCCGGAUCCGCCCCGGGGCCGCCUCCCCGUCCGCGCCGGCCUUCUCCGCCUCUCCUCGCUGCCGCGUCAGCUCCGCAGCUUACUCCUAUCCCAAGCUUGCAAGGUCAUCUGCUGUUCAGAGGGUAAAUACAAGUAGGAUGCAGCAUUGGGAUACUCCAAAAGGACAAGCUCUAGGAAGCUCAAGCAGCCACGAUGGACGGUUUCAUAUCAAGCGGUUUACUUCCUUCGCUGCUACGGACAAACAGGAGCCAAUUGCUUCACCUUCCUCAGACACGACGGUGCUAGAGGACACCGAGAGAAGCACUGCAGAUUCCUCUACAUCCGGCUGCUCCUAUUCUAAUGAUAGGGGUGUUGGAAAACCGGGAUUCAUCUCGUUUCAUGGCGGCAGCUCUCAGACGGUAGCUGUCGAGAGUGUGCCACAUCCUGGCAAGGAAGCUUCUAGAUUGGUAUGGUUUGUUGGUCCAACCAUCCUUGUGGCCUUCUUGGUUCUUCCAUCUCUGUACCUGCGCAAAGUACUCGCAGCCGUGUUUGAGGAUUCCCUGUUGACAGAUUUCCUUAUACUGUUCUUCACGGAGGCUCUUUUUUACGGAGGGGUUGGGAUUUUUGUCCUGUUGAUUGAUAAAGUCUGGAGGCCUUUGCAGCAAGUAGCACCUAAGAGCUACAUCUGGUCAAAAGCUAGAUUUUUUCGCAUUUCUUCAGUAACAACAAUGGUUUUGAGCCUGAUUAUACCGCUGCUGACAAUGGGCAUGGUUUGGCCCUGGACUGGACCAGCAGCUUCAGCUACUCUUGCACCUUAUUUGGUAGGCCUUGUCGUACAGUUCGCAUUUGAGCAGCAUGCUCGGCAUCGGAAAUCACCUUCUUGGCCAGUUAUUCCUAUCAUCUUUAAGGUCUACAGGCUUCACCAACUGAACAGGGCAGCUCAGCUAGUGACAGCACUCACCUUUUCUGUUAGAGCAACAGAGGCAACAAAACAAAAUUUGGCUAUUAUGAACUCCUUAGGGGCACUACUGACUGUCCUUCAAAUUCUUGGUGUUAUCUGCGUAUGGUCACUCUCGAGUUUUCUGAUGAGGUUUCUUCCCUCAUCCGACAUUCCAGAUCCUUGACUUGUAGCAGCUGCUGCAGCACAUACACUAGUUAAAACUAUUAGCAUCCCCACUGUAAAUUUAUUCACCUGGAGCGAGUUGACAUGUCUGCAGAGGUUACCUUCGGUUUAGGGUUAAACUGCUUCAGCCGAGGAACUGCCGAAAAAUUGUCCAAUUUGUAGGGCUGGAACUGAAUAAACUGAAAAUAAGAGAGGUGACCCUGUUGGCUCUGUAGGAUGUCGACACAUACCGUUUUAUAUGCUCUUGUCGAUCAAAUACUGGGUUAAUUUUGACUGAA